AUGGGGGUCGUGGCUUCUGACCCAGAAAACGAGGAUCGCUUUGCCGAGGAGCGUGCCAAAGUGGGCGCUAGAACUGCAAGCGAACUAAUGCAGGUGGGUGUAGUCUUCUACCUGGACGACCUGACGGAUGUGUCGGAGGAGUCCGACGAUGCGGUGAAGUACGCGGGGGUCUGCAGCCACCGCGUCUUGGGCCGUAUUGCAGGGGCCAGGUGGCCAUACCCUCCUGAAGCAGACUUUGCUCGCGAGCUUUGGGACAGGGUAUCCGUGAACAAAGGUGGCUCUGCAGGUAAAACCAAGAAGAAGCGCAUUUGUCGUGGCCUUCAGUCCAUUAUAGACGGGGGCGUCCCACUGGAACAAGUUCUGCGCGCGGCAGAUCGCCUUGGGAAGGACAUCGAAAGCGCUAUCGGUAAUCCUGAUCUGCUGGAGCCAGGCACUCCAAUAGAAGAGGGAAUCAACGAGCCGGAGGACGAGGGGUCUAGCGAUCUAGAGAUCAGGGUUGUCGCAUCGUCUUCCUCAGCUGCUGGUGCACGGGAGCGAAGUCCCCGGAGGGGCAUAACACCGCCCCCAAAGGCAAGGCCAAAGCCGCGAACUGCGGACCUGAGGCCAGUCAACAUUUGGCUCCCCGACGGCGUGGAGAUUCUCAUUUGGGACAGCGGUCGUUGGCAAACGCAGGCAGUGUUGCGGAAGGACUCAUCUGUGGAUCGGUUUUUGUUCAUCGACAAUUAUCAGACAUUGUCGAGGGCACGCGAGGGCACAACUGAACACUUGGGGAGGAUUCCGUCCGCCAACAUUGCAUUGCUCCAGGACCUGAGGGCUAACAAGCCUAGAGGGCUUCAGUUGCAUCUGCUGAGUUUCUUGGUGAAGCCUGAAAGAAGGCAGGAGCUCUUGGAUACCUUGUACGCGACGCCAGAGCUCAGUGGCCUCCUGGAUUCGGUCAUCAUUACUCCGUCCAAACGCGGCUGGAACGGUAAAGCUGCAGUAUUGAAGGCGUUCGACGCCCCCAACCAAACACUCUUAGCUGACGACGAUCAGGGCAUCUGCGAGGAGGUUUGGGAGCAGUGGGCUGGAAUUCCUUUGCACAUCAAGUUGCGCAACAAGCCUGGGUGUUCUGAGGGCAUCGAAGAGGUGCAAUUUCUUGAGGACGCCAAAGGAUCACUGAUCAGGUUCUUGCGCGAAGAAAGGUCUAGACUUUGGCAGUGCUAA